AUGGCUAUUCGUGCACAAGAGUAUAACUUUCCGGAUAGCCCUGAUGACGGAAGUCGAUUGAACUUUGAAAGCGGUAAUAGAUGGCCAAACUGGAGAGAUCGCGAAAAAGAUAAUUUCUUGAAUGAUAGCCAUGCUGAUGAUUAUCUCUUGAAUGGGGAUGAGAAGUCCUCAAGACCAUCAAAUGAUUUCAAGCAACGCGAAAACGCUUAUAACAAAUGGAAGAAUGAGAAUAACAUCUUGUCUAUAAGUAGUAAUAGAAAGAAUAAAUCGAGCGCUUCUUCGGAUACAUGGUCAAAUUGGAGAGAGCAAGAAGCGGACUUGCACAACGAUGAUGAUAACAAUCAGCCACGAUCAGAUCGGAGGAAAAGUGAAAGAGAUAUUAAAUGGGGCAAUUGGAGAGAGCAAGAAGCGAAAUUGUACAACGAAGAUGAGAACAAUCAGCCUGCAUCAAAUCGGAGGAAAAGUGAAAGAGAUAUUAAAUGGGGCAAUUGGAGAGACAGAGAAAAAACAGAGAGCAAAAGCGAAGCAUUCGAUAGUGAUGGAAUGAAACAUUCACAGAGUUGGAGUAAUUGGAGAGAAAAAGAGAACGCUAAUAACUUCGAUGAUAAAGAUAAGCCAAACGAAUCAAAUCAAAGCGAAAUGGAGCCAAACAAAAUUGAAAAUUCGCUACAUAAGCCUAUGCAAUGGGAAAAUUGGAGAGAAAUGGAAAAGAAUAAUGACAGUGUUAAAAAGUUUAUCACUGACACCAUAAUGGAGAAUGAUGAAGAAGAAGCACUCAAAACUAUUGAUAUACAGCCUCCUAGCAAGAAUGAGCCUCAAAAUCAAAAUGAGAUUUCGUCUACUGCAAGUGAACAGAUUUUCAAGACUAUAAUAGGCCAAGAAUUAGACUACCACAUUGCACCUAAUCCGAUAGAAUCAACUAUUGUCACUUCUCAAAUUAAUAAUUUACAAAUAGCAAGUGAUGAGGAAAAUAAGAAAGAGGAAAGCAGUGAAAUUUCAGAAUCAUCAAAUGAAGCAUCCUCAACGAUAGAAGAUACACCACUUCAAGAAUCAAAUUUACAGGAAAGCGAUUCGGUCUUGAUAGAAAGAGGAGGCCAAUUUGAAUUAAUAGGCGAUAAGGAUAUGCAAGCACAACAAGAUGAUUUUAGUAUACAAGAAACAGCAAGCCAACCCGAAACUAAUUCAUUAAAAGAAACAAUUGCUGAAAUAUUGAAUGGUCCAGCAAUUACUAAGCAAAGUAAUAACGAUACUAACAAUAAAUCGAUAAAUACGUCGAGCCCUUCUUCACCAAAGCCGAUAAGAAAAAAAAUAAUUAGGCCACGCACUGCUCCGGCUACCAUAAGACGUAAUAAUGAAUACGACUACAUACAGUCAAGUUACGGACUAACUCCUUAUCAAAAGCAAUUGUUAGCCAAGAAAAAGAGAUUGUUAGCUGAAAUGGAGGCUGAAAGAAAGCUAAAAGAAGAAGAAACAAAAAGGAAAGCGCGUGAAGAUGCAGAAGCAGCCUUUAGGGCAUGGCUGCAGUCAAAAAGAGAGGAAGCCUUUGAGAGAAGAUUACAAGAAAAUAAUUUAGACCCUGAAAAAGAAAGAAAAAAGAAAGAAUUGCAAGCUGAAAGGUGUCGAGAAGUAUAUCAAGCCUGGUUACGUGAUAAAGCAGAUAGAGUUAAACAAGCUCGAAAGCUUGAAGAUCAACAAAGGCAAGAAGAAGACGCUUAUAAAAUUGAGCAUAGUAAACGACAGUGUGAAAAAGCCUUUACAUUAUGGCUUCGAAGGAAAGCUCAGGAAAAGAAAGCAGAAGAAAUGGCUAGAAUUAAAUUUAAGAGAAGCCAAAGGCGUGCAAAGAAUAAAUCACAAAAGCCUUUGCAAACAAAGUAUGUAUCAGAAUAA